AUGAGGUUUGAGCAGYUGUGCUGGAGCACCGUGAGGAUGUGGCUGCUGCUCCUGUUGGGCUCUGUGCUGCCUUUGGCCCCCGGUGCUGCUGCCCUGGGGGAUCAGGAUUUGCUGGAGAAUGUCACCUGUCACAGGGAUGGGAUGCAGGUGGCGUUUUCCAGGGAGCUCAGGAACUCCUCGUGGCACGUGUGUGUUGUUGAUGUGAGUGGUGAGGAGAUGCUGUUCUGUGCCCACACUGUGCAUUAUGAGAGGCUGCUGCUCCGUGUCCCGUUUGCCAACUGCACUCAACUGCAGCACGGACAGCACCAGCUCUGGCUGAGGCUGCUGCUGAAUGACACCGUGGGACAGGAGAGGAAUGUCACCCUCAGCAGCCACUGUGCCAGUCCUGGUGUGGAGAGAACCACGGCUCCUGUGGCUGCUGCUGCAACCAACUGCACCAGAGACUUCAUGGCAGUGACCUUYGUGGGGCUCCUUUCCAGCCUCGGUGAUGAGCGUGUGGAUCCAGUAACUCCAAUGUCCUGGAAUCUGUCAGUUGAUGAUGGAACCAGAACACAUCAGCUGAGCCUCGGGCAGGCARUGCAGAAAGGCUACAAUUUCCUCAUUGAUGGCUCUGACCUGACCUUUCAGGUGGCCUUUGCUGCCACGGGAGUUGUGUCCUACAGGCACAAGGACAAGGUGCUCCACACCCUGGCACUGAAGCUCCUGUAUGGCCCUGCUGAGCGUGGACUGGCUGUGGAGGCACGGCUGCUCUGUGCUCCAGGGCCAGCCAUCUGUAAUGCCACACACRUGACUGUGGCCAUCCCAGCCUUCCCAGGGACUCUCGUGGCUGUGGAUGUGGAGAACAAGAGCAUCCCCAUGGAUCAGCUUCAGGCACAUGGAAUCACUCUCGACACGCACACAGGGAUCCAGCUGCACAUCAGCAGGGCAGUGCUGAAGUCCAGGCUCCCUGGAGAGAGCUGCUCGGGGCUGGAGCUCUCCAUGUCCUCUCUGAAGCUGGCUUUUCUCUUCCACGGGGAGGCUGUGGCCAUGGUGAUMCAGCCCGAGUGUCCCUGCGAGCAGCACCCAGCGCUGGCUGCUGUGUGCACCCACGAUGGGUUCAUGGAUUUUGAGGUCCUUGCUGAGAGCACCGUGCCCCAGCUGGAUUUGGACACGCUCAGGCUCAGGGACCCCGCGUGCCGCCCGGCCUACAAAUCCCCUCUGAAUGACAGGGUUUGGUUCCACGUCCCUCUGAACGGCUGUGGCACCAGAUUUUGGUUUGAUGGGGAGAAGAUUCAUUACGAGAACGAGGUGAGGGCGUUCCCCACAGACCUUCCCCUGGGCAGGAUCUCCAGGGACAGUGACCUCAGGCUGACAGUCGUGUGCUCCUUCAGCAAUGGGGAUGCCUCCCUCACGGUGAAAGUCAAUGACCUUCCUCCUGUGCCUGCUGCUGUGAACCAGGGCUCCCUGUCCUUGGUGCUCCUCAGCUACCCAGAGGCCUCCUUCAGGCAGCCCUACAGCGAGGAGCAGUUCCCCCUCGUGCGUUACCUGCGGCAGCCCAUCUUCCUGGAGGUGCAGGUCCUGAACCGCAAUGACCCCAACGUGCACUUGGUGCUGGAUGACUGCUGGGCCACGGGCUCCCCCGAGCCCAGAUCAGUGCCCCAGUGGAACAUCGUGGUGGAUGGCUGUGAGUAUGCCCUGGACAGCUACAGGACCGUGUUUCACCCCGUGGGCCGUGGGGUCAGCUAUGCUAACUAUCGCCAGAGGCUGGAAGUGAAGACUUUUGCCUUUGUCUCUGGUGGCAGAGCCCUCCCUGGCCUGGUGUACUUCCACUGCAGCGUUCUGCUCUGUGACCGUUUCCACCCCGAUGCUCCCCUGUGCAUCCCGAGGUGCCCCAGGCCAUCCCGGAGCAGGAGAGAGAGCAGGAUGGCAGCUGGGAGCUCUGCUGUGGUCAGCCUGCAGGGUCCUGUUCUCCUGGUGCCAGAGGAGUGGUCUGCAGCCCGAGGGAGUGCUCUGCUGAGCAGAGAGGCCUGGGCUGGCAUUGCCAUGACCACUGGUGGUGUUUUCUCACUGGCCACAAUGCUGCUGUUUUUGGCUGUUCUCAGGUGCCUAAAGAGAAGAGCAUUCGUGGUAAAUGUGGUGUGCUAG